AUGCGCACGUCCCGCGAAGGGCCGUCCUCUGCGGAGGCAGAGGAAAACCCCGCAGCGUGGAAGGUGGACACGACGCCUGAGCCCACUAGUGGUUCCGUGGUGGGGACUGCGGACUUGCCGUAUGGAGAAGCCGAAGGAGGGAGCAUCAAGGGGCCAAUCGGAGCGGAGAACGUCGGCCCAGCUGAGAAGACGAGCCGAGGGGCUGCGUCAGGAUUUUUGCAGUUUUCCUCAUUUUUCCAGGUCACUGUCCUAGCCGUAAGAAUGGCAGAAUGCCUGCUUUCAAAAGUUGGCCGAGAUUCCAACCGCAACGCCAGAUGUGCUCCUGUCACAACCUCUGAAAAGACUCCAUCACUGGCUGGCAUGGCAGCACAGAUGGCAGACACUACUUGGCGCCCUGUGCCUUCAGAAAUCCAGCAUCCGUACUCCAAAUUCUCGGAUUGGAAGUUCAAACUGUUCCGCAUUAAGUCCAUUGAGAGAGCUCCACUGUGUCCAGAAAAAGAGAACCAACCGCCAGACGUGACUGAGUCCGAAUCUCCAAAGGACGCCGACAUGCUCAACGAGAGGCCGGGCCUUGCUGGCGUCAUGAAGCUCUGCUUGGGUGGAAAGUCAAAAGAAUCCAUCCAGAAGAAUUCAUUGGACCUAAAGCUGGCAGAAAUCGAUGCACAUAUGAAUAAUCUGAGGAUGCUGUGCAGACUCUGUGGCUCCACGUUGAAGAAAUAUCAAGCCAACUUUGAAUAUGAAGUUCAAGGGCUACUGGACACCAUGAGCAGGGAGAAGUUGAGGAAGAUGGGCUGCAGGGCCAGCAGCUGGCCAGAAGUCAUCUUAAAGGUGUUCAAGGUGGACGUCACCAGUGACCUUGAGACUGUCCACCCCACCUUUUUUUGCCACAGCUGCUGGAAGAUAGCCAUAAGAGGAGGGGGUUUCUGCUGCUUCUCUCGCAUCCGCAUACCACAGUGGAGACCCCACUCUGUUCUUUGCAAGCUUUGCUUCCCCAGAGGCUCCGUCAAGCGGAAAGGAACUCCUCAAAGCCUUCACCUAAUGAAGAAAGCAAAAGUGGAGAUGAAAGAACAGAAGAGAAGGCGGAACGCCAAAGAUGAGGGUCAACCAAAACAUUGGUCCAAGCUCCAACGGCAGAGGAAUUUAUGGGUCAAGACCAUCACACGCUGUAAAAAAACACACCUCAGCUCCAGUCUCUUGACCGCUGACUACCCCGUGGACUUUGUCCACUCCAUUAGCUGCCAGAUCUGUGGCCACAUAGUGGCGGACCCCAUCCAGAACUCAUGUAAGCACUUGUUCUGCAGGUCUUGCAUCCUCAAGUAUACCCAAGUCAUGGGCUCCCAUUGUCCCGUGUGCCGAGUUGCCUGCUGCUCCUCCAAUCUGGUUCCCCCGGCUAAAUCUUUCCUGAAUAUCCUGCAGUCUUUACAUAUCCGCUGCCCUUCCGAAGACUGCGGAGAGCAGGUGAAGCUUGAAGACUACGGACCGCACACGCUCAGUCACCGGGAGUUCAAAGCCAACGAGGCCUACUCACCGAUCAACAAAGGUGGCCGGCCGCGGCAGCACCUGCUCUCCUUGACCCGUCGGGCACAGAAGCACCGGCUCAGGGAGCUCAAGCAUCAGGUGAAGAUGUUUGCAGAGAAAGAGGAAGGUGGAGACAUAAAAUCAGUGUGCCUCACAAUGUUCCUCUUGGCCUUGAGAGCUGGCAACGAGCACAGAAAGGCAGAUGAGCUGGAGGCCAUCAUGCAAGGACGAGGCUCCGGCCUACACCCUGCAGUCUGCCUAGCAAUUCGAGUCAACACCUUUCUCAGCUGCAGUCAGUACCACAAAAUGUACCGCACAGUGAAAGCGACAAGUGGACGGCAAAUCUUCCAGCCCCUGCAUGCCCUCCGAAAUGCAGAAAAGGCACUUCUGCCAGGAUAUCACCCGUAUGAGUGGCAACCGUCUUUGAAAAAUGUCUCAAGCAACACAGAAGUAGGCAUCAUCGAUGGCCUGUCAGGAUGGAAAGCUUCAGUGGACGACGCCCAGAUGGACACUAUUGCUCGUAGGUUCCGUUAUGAUGUCGCCGUGGUUGCUGCUCUCAAGGACCUGGAGGAGGAUAUCCUUGAAGGCAUAAAGGAGCAUGAGUUGGAUGAUUCCUCCACCGAAAUUUUUACAGUGACAGUAAAAGAGUCAUGUGAUGGAAUGGGAGAUGUAAGUGAAAAACACGGUGGUGGUCCAGCACUACCAGAAAAAGCUGUGCGCUACUCUUUCACGAUUAUGUCAAUUGCGACACGAGAUGAAGAGGGCAACAACGUUAUGAUCUUUCAAGAGUCCAAGCCUAAUUCUGAACUGUGCUGCAAGCCACUCUGCCUGAUGUUUGCUGAUGAGUCGGAUCAUGAGACAUUAACAGCCAUCUUAGGCCCUGUGGUGGCCGAAAGAGAAGCUAUGAAGGAGAGUCGAUUAAUUUUAGACAUUGGUGGACUUUCUCGGUGUUUUCGCUUUAUUUUCCGAGGAACAGGCUACGAUGAAAAACUGGUAAGAGAAUUAGAGGGAUUAGAAGCCUCUGGGUCGACGUAUAUAUGCACACUUUGUGACUCUACCAGGGUUGAAGCAUCCAGAAACAUGAUUCUCCACACCAUUACUAGAAGUCACGAAGAGAACUUGGAACGUUACGAGAUCUGGAGGUCCAACCCAUUCUCAGAGUCUGCUGAUGACCUCCGGGACAGAGUCAAAGGCGUUUCAGCCAAACCUUUCAUGGAGACCCACCCUUCCAUCGAUGCACUCCACUGUGACAUUGGAAAUGCGGCUGAGUUUUACAAGAUUUUCCAGGAUGAAAUUGGGGAAGUCUUCCAAAAUCCCAACCCCCCAAAAGAGGAAAGAAAAAGAUGGCAAUCGGCUCUGGACAAGCAACUGAGGAAAAAGAUGAACUUAAAACCAAUUAUGAGAAUGAACGGAAAUUUUGCUCGCAAACUCAUAACCAGUGAAGCAGUGGAAGCAGUUUGUGAACUCGUUCCCUCAGAGGAGCGCAAAGAAGCUCUUCGAGAACUCGUGAACCUCUACCUUCAAAUGAAACCUGUCUGGCGUUCAACUUGUCCACUUAAAGAAUGCCCUGACCUGCUAUGUAGAUAUAGUUUUAACUCGCAGCGCUUUGCAGAGCUUCUCUCCUCCACUUUCAGUUAUCGCUAUGAUGGAAAGAUCACCAACUAUUUACACAAGACGUUGGCUCACGUACCCGAAAUCAUCGAAAAAGAAGGAUCCAUCGGUGCUUGGGCCAGUGAAGGAAACGAGUCAGGAAAUAAACUCUUCCGUCGUUUUCGUAAAAUGAAUGCUCGACAGUCCAAGUGCUAUGAGUUGGAAGACAUUCUUAAACAUCACUGGCUGUAUACUUCAAAGUACCUCCAGAAGUUUAUGGAGGCACAUAAGAAUUCGGUUAAAGCUAUUGAAGCCACCAUCACACCGAUAGAGACUGAAGAUGAUCCUACUGAUGUUAUAGAUUCUCUCGAGUUCUGA